CCCUAUUCUUAUUCACAUUCUCCAUGGCUCAACAGCGGGCUACGGUGAGCUUGCCCACCCCCCCUCUUCCGCCCACGAUAUAUGGGGACCCAGUGUCACAAGUAGGCGUUGUGCACAUCCGGAUCUACUUCACUGUCCUGAUCAGGGACGAGGGUCCCAGACUCCUGGGCAAUAUUAAUAAACCCCUUCUCGCCAUUCCGAAGUGGCAACUUCAUUCUUUCGAUUUACCAGACCAAAAUUGGAUACCCUUUAUUUCAUUUGUUUGUUUCGCCAUCACCAAUUCUCGAGGCAUCGUUUAUAUUCACGAUCCAGACGAGAAGCCUCUCACCGAUGCACAUGCAAACACACUCCGUUCAUCGCAACACGUUUUACUUCAUUACAAAUGCUCUACCUCGUCUUCACCGGUGGACAUAGCGCUAGACAAGGUUACUACCACUACCCGUACUGAGGCACGGUUGGGAUCGUUCUCCCACGAGGUGAAAGCCAGAGAUGGCCCCCGCUGCCCUUUCACCUCUGGUCUCGAGGCAGACUGUCAGGCAACGCAUAUAGUUAGACAUUGCAAAGGGAACAACUACAUGGAAGCCCUAUGCAUUGAACGAGGUGAUGGCAUUAUCGACAUCGACGAUGCACAAAACGGCCUUUGGUUGUACUCCCCCCUUCACAACGCGACUGGGAGCGGCCGCAUGGCCAUCAUCAGAACGCCCGUCCCUUUCGCCACCAGUCAGGGGACCUCCGAAACGAUCCUUGCCAGCAAUCAACUGCACUCCGAUGUCUCUGCUGAUUCUGACAUUUAUACUCUCCAUUAUAUUGGUCAAAACAUCUUCUCUCCUAAAUCACCGCCAUACCAUGGGUGGUGCCGCUAUACACCAGUCACAGAGACAUCUGCAUACAAGGCUCCGCCUCAUUUCCUUCUUACCGCUGUAUAUGGAGUUCAGUGCUACCAUGCAUGGCAGGUUGCGGAUGACGACGCACGUCAACUGCUUAAGGAUUGGGCAGCCCGCUAUUAUGCAGCACAAACUCAGGUAAGGAUUGAGAGGGCCACUCAUCGUGAGAAGGCAAAAGGUGAUAGUUCAGCUGGAGCAACAACCGUCAAUAUCUUCUAUGACAAUCUCACUUGCAAACAGGCACAUGAAGCCAUACAAGCAUUAGAAGGCCAGGAGUUGUCUGCUGCUUUAAUGUUGUUAGCGCAUUUCCCAUCUCGACGUCCUCCUUCUCCGUCUGUCAAUGUUCCCUCGACCGAUGUUCAGCAAACUGUGUUGAAAUGGCGUGAUGGUAUUAUACAAUGAACUCGCCAUAUUAUUCUAGGUGUCUUUCAGUCUUGUUGACUCUUUCAGUUUGUUCCGCUCUUGACUAGACUUAGAUUACCACAGCUGUAUAAUCAAUUGAUUUUGUCCCAUCAAGUUUAUUGUCAAUUUGUCAACGCAAACUCGAAUCAG